AGAGAGAUGUUUCUGCUUGCUGGGUAGUGGCUGCUGAGCUUCUCUCUCUCUCUCUCUCUCUCUCUCUCAAAGCCAAUAUAUCAUAUGCCAUUUCUGAGAAUCACUUUGAGAAUCGAACCUGGGAGUAGCUCUACUUUUCAUCAAUCCAAACAAGGGAAAGUGGGCAAGCAUUUGAUUCCAAAAUUCCAAUACUCUCCACCCCCAUUUUCUGCAGCUUUUUAUUUCCUUUGCAGAACGAAUUUUUCGCACAUUGGGAGAUUCGUAGCUGGGUUCAAAGAUCAUAGUUGUGAGCUUGUUCUCGUCUCCUGGGUUUGAUAGCAAUUUACAAAUCUUGUUUUUCUGUGUCGACGUUUCAAUAUCUUGUGAGGAAUAUGGCGGGUUGUUCGUCGAGUUAUGCGAUUUCAUAUUUAGUAAUUUUAAAAAAUGAAGUUCGAUGUUUGGAAGUUGAUAAUAGGGUUGGGUUCAUGAAUGCUGUGAAGAAGGGAGGUCUGCUCUUAUUGUCUGGGAGCAGUAGGAGUGGAUGUUUUUCUAGGAGGAAGAAACAUGGGUUUGAGGUAAAGUACAUGUUGGAGCCACAGGCUGAGCCGCAAUCUGUUCUGAGCCCAGUCACAGUUCCGAUAGAGGGGAAUGAUGGUGUUGCUGAGAAGAAUGACAGGGUUUGGGAAAGUGGGUAUGCCCCAAAAACUGAUAGUGAAGGUGGUGGUGGUAACGGGAAUGCAUCGGAUGGAAGUGGAAAAUUUCCUAAUGGUGGCGGAGGAGGCGGGGGCGGCGAUGAUGGUGAACAGAAUGACAAGGAGGAAGAGGAGUUUGGGCCAAUUAUGAAGUUUGAGGAGGUUAUAAGAGAGACACAGGCUCUAGGUGCUACUCUUCCUUCUGAUAUGUUGGAAGCUGCAAAGAGUGUGGGCCUUCGUAAAGUGCUCCUCCUAAGAUAUUUGGAUUUGCAGGGUUCUGUAUGGCCUUUAAGCUUUUUGAUGAAGUCAUGCUCUAUGCUUCGUAACCGUAUGUUGGCUGAUCCAAGUUUUCUAUUCAAAGUCGGAACAGAGAUAGUCAUUGAUUUUUGUUGUGCCACAUUUGCGGAAGUUCAAAAGAGGGGCAAAGAUUUCUGGUCAGAAUUUGAAUUGUAUCUUGCAGAUCUUUUGGUUGGGAUGGUAGUUAGCGUUGCUUUAGUUGGUAUCUUAGCUCCAUAUGCUCGUAUUGGGCAACCAUCAGUAUCUAAAGGAUUCCUUGGGCGCAUGCGGCAGGCAUACGGAGCUCUUCCAAGCAGUGUAUUUGAAGCUGAAAGGCCUGGCUGUAAAUUUUCAGUAAAUCAAAGGGUGGCAACAUACUUUUAUCAGGGUUUUUUAUAUGGAUCAAUUGGGUUUACAUGCGGUAUUAUUGGCCAAGGCAUUGCAAAUACAAUCAUGACUGCCAAGCGGAGCAUAAGGAAAUCUGAAGAAGAUAUACCUAUACCACCUCUUCUGCAGAGUGCAGCUCUUUGGGGUGUUUUUCUUGCAGUUUCUUCCAAUACCCGUUAUCAGAUUGUAAAUGGACUGGAACGCCUUGUAGAAGCAUCGCCCUUGGCAAAGAAUGUUCCACCCGUUGCAAUGGCUUUCACUGUAGGUGUGCGAUUUGCCAACAAUGUUUAUGGUGGGAUGCAGUUUGUGGACUGGGCCAGAUGGAGCGGGGUGCAAUAACCCAAUCAAGUUCUUAUUUGCUGGAUCGCGUUGCAUUUUUCUUACUAACCCAUCUAAUUAGGAGGAAAAAUAAAGUUCAGCUGCAUUGACCUCUUGAUGCCAAUUUGAUGCCUAAACUCUUUUCAAUCUGCCUGAACAAUAUUUACUUUCCAAGAUCUUUUGCGCCUGCUCUGGGGCUGCUGUGGCAGUUGGUUGUACUGUUAUUGGUAACAUGUAUUGUCUUUUGUGUACUGGAACUCAGAAGCAUUGUACUGUAUAUCUCUCAAUGAUGAGAUGCAAAAAGUCAAGGAUCCCAAAAACAUUUCAAAUAAAGUCUGAGGGUUCCUUCC